AAUAAAUAAAUUCACCAUACAUCUAUCUUACAUAAAACCCUUUGAUAAUAUUCACCUUGCGCUUCUUAUACCAUUUCCUUUAUAUUUUUUUUCUUUCCUUUUUUGGUGCUUAAUUGCUAAGGGAGAGUCCUGUGAUGGGGGACUCGAGUAUGGUUGAAGGCUCCGCCAAAGCGGCGACGGUGGCCGGAAUCCAUAACGGAAGUGAAGGUGAAGAAGAUAAAGGUAGGGUUGAUGAAGGUGACCGGAGUUGCGGAGGAAAUCGAUGGCCGAGGCAAGAGACUUUAGCUUUGUUGAAGAUACGUUCGGACAUGGAUUCCGUUUUCCGGGACUCUACUCUCAAAGGUCCAUUGUGGGAAGAGAUUUCCAGGAAACUAGCCGAGCUUGGAUAUCAUCGAAGUGCCAAGAAAUGCAAAGAGAAAUUCGAGAAUGUUUAUAAGUACCACAAGAGGACCAAAGAUAGCCGAACAAGCAAGGCGGAUGGCAAGACCAAGACUUACCGUUUCUUCGAUCAAUUAGAAGCCUUUCAAAAUAGUCAUUCACUCCAAUCAUUAUCACCUUCGAAGCCGAUGCUGAAUGCACCUCAAACCAACAACGCCACUGUACCAUCGAUGGCGGUUCCUACGAACCCUUGUUCUUUUAAUCUGUCGUCGAAUCUUUUCUCGACUUCCACCUCCUCUUCGACCACGUCCAACGACGAUUCGUAUCAGGGAAGCGGCGGGAAGAAGAGGAAAUGGAAGGAGUUUUUCAAGAGGCUGACUAAGGAGGUGAUCGAGAAACAAGAGGAGUUGCAAAACAAGUUCUUGCAGGCCGUUGAGAAGUGCGAGCAGCAAAGGAUGACUCGAGAAGAAGCUUGGAGGAUUCAGGAAAUGACAUUGAUCAAUAAAGAACAUGAGAUUUUAGUCCAGGAAAGAUCCAAGGCGGCUGCAAAAGAUGCUGCGGUGCUUUCAUUCUUGCAAAAGAUAUCAGCUCAGCAGGCACCGAGUACGGUGCAAGUGCAAUCUCCACUGCAACAAGAGAAUCCUUCGUUAUUGCUUCCAGCUCCUAUGCAGCAGCCGAAACCACAACCGCCAAUCCAAGCCUUAAAUUUCGAUAAUGGAGGAAACAACAAUAAUAAUAAUGUGGUUCCAGUUUCACUUUCACCAAGUCCUUCACGAUGGCCAAAAACUGAAAUCGAGGCUCUUAUAAAGCUUAGAACCAAUCUCGACAUUAAGUAUCCAGAAAACGGACCAAAGGGUCCUCUCUGGGAGGAGAUCUCAUCCGCCAUGAGAAAUCUGGGAUAUAAUCGGAGCGCAAAGAGAUGCAAAGAAAAAUGGGAAAACAUCAACAAAUACUACAAGAAAGUAAAAGAAAACAACAAGACGAGGCCCGAAGAUUCCAAGACAUGCCCAUACUUCCACCAGCUGGAUGCACUUUACAAAGAGAAGUUAACUAAGCCAGACAGCAGGACGAUGGCACCACUAAUGGUACGGCCGGAACAGCAAUGGCCGCCGCAGCAAGAAUUUAGCCGCCAGGCGGUGGCGGCGGCGCUGAUGGAAGAAGAAGCUGACAAGGAAAACCCGGAUCAGAUUCAAGAUAACGAAGACGAUGGUGAUACCGAGGAUGAAUACGAAGGGAAUGAUUUCAAGUUGGUAGCGAAAACUGCUCGAAUCGGCAGUGGCGGCGAGUGAGAGACAACAAAGGAAACUUCUAAUCAAAGAUGACAUUAACUGGAGGCAUCAUCACUGACAGAGGUUGUUUUUACUAUAGUACUAUGUUUACUGUAGUAAUAAAUAUAUAAAAACAUACGUAUAAUCAUAAAAACAUGAUUUUUAUUUUU